CCAGAAGGUGCUAGAAAAAUAAAAGGGAUCUCUCCUCUGUUUCCUUCUCCCCCAAGUCCUCCUCCCCAGAGUCGGUUAACAAGAAAUUCCACCCAGAAAAAAUAAAUCAUCAGCAGAGCAAAAUUAUUUGGUGUGCGAUUCCUGGAAUCUAAUUAAAAUCGCGUUAUCUACUAAUGGAGCCAUUGGUAACAGGGAUGACUGUGGGAGCUGUUGCUUUAGGUGGUAGAUACUUAAUUCAGGCAUGGCAUGCGUUUAAGACACGCCCAAUUAUUCCCCGGACACUGAGAUUUUACCAAGGUGGAUUUCAACCUGUCAUGACCAAAAGAGAGGCUGCAUUGAUUCUUGGAGUCAGAGAACAUGCAGUCAAGGAGAAGAUUAAGGAAGCACACAGGAGAGUGAUGGUGGCUAACCAUCCUGACCAGGGUGGGAGCAUUUAUCUUGCUAAGAAGAUCAACGAGGCUAAGUUACUGUUGAUGGGUAAAACACAAGGGAGUGCAUCUGCUUUUUCAUAAAUCAAAUUUGCUCCAAUCACUAAUAUAUGCUAAUAUGAUGGGGCAGUUGAGACGUACUAAAUAAUCAUCUGUUAUCGGUUAUAGAAAGUGUACGAACAGGUAGAAUUGAACGAUGCAAUGAAAUAAUUUUAACAAGCAUGGUUGUACAAUUUCUCACUCCAGUCUAUGUUUUGAGUUUACUUACUGUAUUCA